CUCACCACAAAAGUUUUCGCAUCACCAUUCCUUCCUCAUUCCAACAUACCUGAGAAACACAGAAGGAAAAAAAAACUUUCUCAAUUGAAUUUUAGUUCAAAAGUCACAGCAAAUUGGAUCAAAUCAUUCAUUCAAUCAUCACACAGUCAUCAUGUCACAUAUGGAGAUAUUAAAGAAGGAACUAAGGAAGGAAUUUCCAUCAAUUGAUAAAGAUUUACAGACUUAUGUGGAAGAUGUUUUGGCAUCAAGUGUUGAGGAUUUUGAGAAUAGUGAGGAUGUGUAUGAAGCUAUUGGUGAAAUCCUGCAUGAAGUAGCCAACGAUAAGUCAGAAAAUGAUAUCCGCAUGCUUUGUACGAAAUUUCUCACAAUUUUACGACCACACAGCAAUGGAACUGAAAAGCCAGGCAUGAGAAAGAUUCUAGCAGCACCAGUGAAUCUUGGUGAUAUGGCAGCAGAGCAAACAACAGACGUGUUUGAUGUUCAGUCCAUAUGGAUGCAGGGACGUAAUGAGACAUCAAAAGUUGAUGCUAAAAAAUUAGAGAAAGCUGAAGCGAAACUUCAACAGAAGUUGGAGAGACGUGAAGGUGCAAAGCCAACGACAGUGGCAGUUCCAGUGCUUCAAACAGCAUCAGCAUCGCAAGUUAUGAGCAAAAAGGAUACAAAAAUGGAUGCAAAAGGUCAAUCGCGGUCAAUGGACAUCAGAAUUGAGAAUUUUGAUGUUGCAUUCGGUGACAAGGUGCUGCUCCAAAGUGCUGAUUUGAUUCUAUCGACUGGACGACGUUAUGGCUUUGUUGGACGUAAUGGACUUGGCAAGACGACACUGUUGAGGAUGAUAAGUGGUAAACAACUUCAAAUUCCAUCACAUAUAAGCAUCCUGCAUGUUGAGCAGGAAGUUGUUGGUGAUGAUACAAUAGCACUCGAUUCCGUACUCGAAUGUGAUGAGAAGCUUAAUGAUUUAUGGCGUAAGGAGAAGGAAUACAGCAAAGAUCCAUCAAAGUCAAAUGAAUUGACGGAAGUUUAUCAUGAGCUUCAAGCCAUUGAGGCUGAUAAGGCUCCAGCACGUGCCUCAAUUAUUCUCGCUGGUCUUGGCUUCACAAAAGAGAUGCAAGCUGCACAAACUAGAACAUUCUCUGGUGGAUGGCGUAUGAGAUUGGCUUUGGCUAGGGCACUGUUUUCCAGACCCGACUUGCUAUUACUUGACGAACCGACAAAUAUGUUGGACAUUAAGGCUAUUAUUUGGUUGGAAAAGUACUUGCAGAAUUGGCCAACGACAUUAAUGGUUGUGUCUCACGACCGAAACUUUUUGGACACGGUACCGACUGAUAUUUUAUAUCUUCAUACAAUGAGGAUUGAUGCUUAUAAAGGAAAUUAUGAGAAUUUCGUCAAGACUAGAACGGAGAAGCUUAAGUCACAAAGGAGAGAAUUUGAGGCUCAAAUGGCUCAUCGAUCACAUGUCCAGGAGUUCAUUGAUAGGUUUAGGUAUAAUGCCAACAGAGCUGCAAGUGUACAGAGCAAGAUUAAGAUGCUGGAGAAAUUACCCGAACUCAAACCAGUCGAGAAGGACUUCGAGGUAUCACUCAAAUUCCCAGAAGUUGAGAACCUUAAUCCACCAGUCCUAACAGUCGACGAGGUGACAUUCAAGUAUCCAACCGGUGAUCGUACAAUUCUUUGUAAUGUGUCACUUGGUGCUAGCAGUGAUUCACGAAUCUGUAUUGUUGGUGAGAAUGGUCAGGGCAAAACGACCUUAUUGAAGCUUAUUAUAGGAACUCUAACGCCAACUGGUGGAUUCAUAAGACAUCAUCGUGGACUCAAGUUUGGAUAUUUCUCACAACAUCACGUUGAUCAGUUAGAAAUGAAUGUUAGCUGUGUGGAAUUGAUGCAGAGAGAAUUUCCAGGAAGGCCUGUUGAGGAAUAUCGACGACAAUUGGGUAGUUUUGGAAUUAGCGGUGAUAUGGCAUUGCAGAUUGUUGCUAGUCUUAGUGGAGGACAAAAGUCGAGAGUUGCUUUUGCUAAAAUGUGUAUGGCUAAUCCAAAUUUCCUGAUUCUUGACGAACCUACUAAUCAUCUUGACAUUGAAACCAUCGAAGCCUUAGGAAAAGCAGUCAAUAAAUUCUUAGGCGGGGUGAUCCUCGUCUCUCACGACGAACGACUCAUCCGAAUGAUUUGCAAGGAGCUCUGGGUGUGCGGCAAUGGAACAGUCAAAAGUAUCGAAGGCGGAUUUGACGAAUAUAGACGAAUUAUUGAAGCUGAAAUUGAAGCUGCUGCAAGCAAAUAAAUCAACAAAUUUAGCUUUUCAAAUUAUCUCAAUGAAUCCUUCUGUUUUUUUAUUUAACUUUUGCAAGGAA